UAUAUUUCGAUGUAACACCCAAUUUUCUUGUUGACAUCUCACGGAACUUCCGGUUUCUCUCUCCACAAACCGGGUUUAUGUGUUUACUUUUACGUCGUGAAAAAGACAGAAAGCACCUUGAGGAGGACGCAGAGGAGCAGAGAUGGAUGAGUUUCAUAAUGGAAACGAGGGCUCGUUCAAUUCAGAGGAAGCUGACAACAUCGUCAAAGAGUGCAUUGAAAGCACAGUGGGAGGGGAUGACUACAGCCAGAGUCAGGUGAACAAAUGGACAGCCAGCAUCGUGGAGCGCUGCCUCACUCAGCUGGUCAAACUGGGAAAACCCUACAAGUACAUCGUGACGUGUACGGUGAUGCAGAAAACUGGUGCUGGGCUCCACACAGCUAACUCCUGUUACUGGGACACUGCUGUGGACGGAAGCUGCACGGUGAGGUGGGAAAAUCGCACCAUGAACUGUGUCGUCAGUGUGUUUGCUGUGUCCAUUGCAUAGGACACUCGCACACACACACACACACUGCUAUGUUCUGCAUUGAACAGCAGGUGGUGACAGAGCACCACAGAGUGCGAACAGCACAUUUCUCUGAGGAGUGGCAGCCUUCAUCAGUCAUCUUCAGCUGCAUCAUGUCAAGCCUGUGCAGAGCUGCAUUAUUAUUUGAAAUUCACCAAGUCAUGUGACUUCACAGGUGAAUCCAGCCUUUGUUUAUUGUGUUUGUGUAUCAUGUCAGUGAGGGUUUUCAGCUGAAGAAAAAUAAUCUGAUUAGGCUUUUAGAAUCUGUUGUUUGAUGUGUUUAGUUUCCUCUCACAUGAAAGAUUUCAAUAAAAUGAAUAAACUCUGAUAAAUAUUUA